AUGAUAACAUACAAGUUUCGAUAACUCGUAUAGGUCAUUGCCAGUCACUCCUAGCUGGUCUCUGAGCUAGCCAUGUCGCCAUAUAUUUAUAUAUUUAUCGUGUUACAAGUGAUAUUUUUCACACAAACAACAGCAGAGGCACCUCGAUGGAAGCUGAACGACGGUCAUGAGAUCCCAGCCCUCGCUCUCGGCACUUGGCUUGGAAAUACCUCUAAGCCGGUAUCUGACGAGGUGGUACACGCAGUUCGCUGGGCCAUCGACGCUGGCUACCGGCACAUUGAUACAGCGUGGAUCUAUCGUGUGGAAGACCAGGUCGGGAGAGGAUUGAAGGGAUAUAAACGAGAGGAUAUCUUUGUUACUACUAAGUUAUGGAACGACAAACACGCCCGUGACGCCGUGGUGCCCGCGCUUCGACAGUCGCUGAAGGACUUGCAACUUGACUAUGUUGAUCUGUACCUCAUUCACUGGCCCGUUGGACAGUUUGGGAACCAAACCUACGAUACCACAGACUACCUGGACACAUGGCGAGGCAUGAUGGAAGCGAAGGAACUGGGCCUCACCAGGUCAAUUGGUCUCUCCAACUUCAACCAGCACAUGAUUGACAGGAUCCUGGAGGCGGGGCUGGAAAAACCCGCGGCUUUACAAGUUGAGCUUAACCUGAAUCUCCAACAACCAGCAUUACUAGACUAUUGCAAGAAAAACUCCAUAGUAGUGAUGGGCUACACACCCUUCGGUUCGCUGUUCUACAACAAGGCCAAGUCAGACGCUCCCCCACCAAGGGUCGAUGACCCCGCGUUAGUGGAAAUCGCUAAGAAAUAUAACAAAACCGUUCCACAGAUUACUUUGAGAUAUUUGGUGGAAUUAGGAGUGAUCCCACUCCCGAAAUCGCUAACAAAAUCCCGCAUCGAGCAAAACAUCGAUAUUUUCGACUUUUCUCUUUCCGAAUCUGACAAAAACAUACUAAAAGGCUUCGACAAGAACUACAGAACAAUCCCACAGUAUAAAUGGUUGGAUCACCCUUACUAUCCUUUUGAAAAGCCGGAAAAACAUUAGAGAUAUUAUCGAUUCGCAUCGUUACUAUAAAAAAUAAGUUUUUUUCUUGUGUGAAAAAAAUGAAAACUAAAUGAAUAUUUGUAAUAAAAUCAUAUAUAAUUUAAUGUG